UUGGGGAAAAAGAGGAGGAAGAAGAACCACAUACUAGAGAGGGAGGUGAACCGCGUGGAACAUGGACGGUCCAGAGAAGAGCGCCGGAUCGAUGUGAAAGCGGAGCAGCUUUUUCCCCAAAACAACCACAAAGCCAAACACCAGCCAAAAGAGGAGGGGGGAAAAAAGCCCAGCCAUACAACUGUUUGUCUGAACUCUCCAUCCGUGAGUAAACGACCCUCCAUCAGAAUUGUGUUCCGUUCCGAAGGCGGGAAAUCAUGAUCGAGUGAACGGAAACCGUGCGGCGAACAGGAGAAGCUCAAGAGAGAAAGAGGGAGAGAUGGCCAAAUUGACAGAAUCAAUGACUAAUGUGCUGGAAGGAGACUCAAUGGAGCAGGACGUGGAGAGCCCUGUUACAAUACUUCCACCAAAGUUGCCCAAACAAGCCAGAGAAGAUCUGCCAAAGCACUUAAGCAAAGAAUGUACUAAGAGAAGAAUCCAGAGGUAUGUUAGGAAGGAUGGAAAGUGCAACGUCCAUCAUGGAAACGUGAGAGAGACUUAUCGUUACCUGACUGACAUCUUUACUACCUUGGUUGACCUCAAAUGGAGAUUCAACCUGUUGAUAUUUGUCAUGGUUUAUACUGUGACUUGGCUGUUCUUUGGAUUCAUAUGGUGGCUAAUUGCAUAUAUCCGAGGAGAUAUGGAGCACAUAGGGGAUAAGAAAUGGACCCCCUGCGUCAGUAACCUCAAUGGGUUUGUCUCAGCCUUUUUAUUCUCCAUAGAGACAGAAACCACCAUUGGGUAUGGCUAUCGGGUCAUCACAGACAAAUGUCCUGAAGGAAUUAUCCUGCUUUUAAUUCAGUCGGUUUUAGGAUCUAUCGUUAAUGCUUUCAUGGUUGGCUGCAUGUUUGUAAAAAUAUCCCAGCCUAAGAAGAGAGCAGAAACCUUGGUGUUUUCUACAAAUGCUGUCAUUUCCAUGCGAGAUGGAAAAUUGUGUCUGAUGUUCCGAGUUGGGGACCUUAGGAAUUCGCACAUUGUGGAAGCAUCAAUAAGAGCUAAGUUGAUCAAGUCUAAACAGACAAAAGAGGGAGAAUUUAUUCCACUCAACCAGACAGAUAUCAAUGUGGGAUAUUAUACUGGGGAUGAUCGCCUCUUUUUGGUUUCACCACUGAUCAUCAGCCAUGAAAUAAACCAACAGAGUCCCUUCUGGGAGAUUUCCAAAGCCCAGUUACCCAAAGAGGAAUUAGAAAUAGUUGUAAUCCUAGAAGGAAUGGUGGAAGCAACAGGGAUGACAUGUCAAGCUCGAAGUUCUUAUGUUACCAGUGAGAUUCUUUGGGGUUAUCGAUUUACACCUGUCCUCACUUUAGAGGAUGGAUUUUAUGAAGUUGAUUACAAUAAUUUCCAUGAAACAUAUGAGACCAACACUCCAUCUUAUAGUGCCAAAGAACUAGCAGAAAUGGCCAGCAGAGCCGAAUUGCCCCUCACGUGGUCUGUAUCCAGUCAAUUAGACCAGCAUGCUGAAAUGGAUCCUGAGGAGGAAGAGGAGGAGGAGGAGGCCGCCAAAAUCCAUGAAGAACAAACUGAAAGGAAUGGUGAUGUAGCCAACCUAGAGAAUGAGUCCAAAGUGUAGACCUUGACAAUAAGAUGGAAACCCACCAAGCUUUCUUUUUAAAGGGGAGGAAAGAAGGGGAUACAUAUACUGUAUAAGUUGUGGAAAACUGCCUGCCUGCCCAUAAAAUGAGCAAAGAUUUGGGUUAAAGCUGCAAUAUCCAUUAUUUUACAAUGUUACCAUUGUUCAGUUUUUAACCAGGAAAAAAACAAGUGGUAUUUCGGUAUGCAACUAUAUGGUUCAGGAUUGGUUUUCACUUUUACAAUAAAGGGCAUAUGUGUAUUAACCUGGGCCAAAAACAAUGGCGUGACUGUAAGUGAUGUUCAUGUCCUGAGCUUUAACUCCAGCUUUUUAUAUAUUCUCCCAGAUAGACUUGAGUGAGAUACCUGCAUUGCAGCUUUAAGACCCAAGAAGAGCAGAAAGAUCUGCAAUUCAGUUAUAUACUGUACAUAUGCCUUAUGUAAUUUCUUCUUUCUCUUUAAGUUCAGUAAUAAACCCAGCAUGUACAAAAGUACUGUAGUAAAGGACUUCUAAAUAAUGUAUAUAUGUGUGUAAUUAAUGUAGGUUUAGAUCUAUAAUUUAGAAAAUAAUAGGAUGCAAAAAAAAACCCCACACACAAACAAAAAAAAUCCAAAACUCGCUAUGGAAACAGCGUUUUUGUUCUAAUACCAGUUUAUUUGGCACCGUGAUAUAUCUGGCCUGUUUAAUGCAUGCCGUUUUCCUCAUUCUACCAGACUGGCAGCUGUUUAGAGUACCUCACUGUUUUCUCAAGCGACGAUUUAGCUAACUCUAAAAAGCCAUAGGUCUGGGGAUGAGGGUAGAGAAAUUAACAACAUGAUUCCUGUUAUACUGUGAAACUGUUUACAACAUGAUCUUGUUAUUUGUAAUGUUACAUAGUAAAACCAUGGUUAUUUGGGCAGUGCAGCUAUAGUUACAGUUAUGGCUGAUUCGUGUCAAAGGUGAGAAUGUUUCUGUAUGGCAUUUGUCUAUAUGAGACGUAUGUGUGUUGAGCUACUACCCUUUAAGUGCAAUACUUUGGAAAAGUUGGUUUUCCAAACCGUUGAGUUGG